UGCUUGUUAUUGAUAUUAGACACUGAGAGACAAACUGGAGUCAGACUCCGUGUAUGUAGAGACACUUGGCUGAUGAUGGAGAUAAAUAAUAAACUGUAUAAAAACAGAUAAAUAAUGACCAUAAAACUACACUAAAUAAAAUUACAUAACAUUUGAUUAAAGUAGAUUUAUAAGUAAAUGACGUCACAGAACGGACGGUGACCAUUGGCCAGUUGUCCGGGUUCAUGCGGAAGUGACGCAGGGACGCUAAAGAUGGCGUCAGUUUCAAACCGUUGCUGAUCAAAUGUUGAAGCUUAUUAAACUCUCUGAAGCGGAGCGAUGCAGACGGAACCGGCGGAGCGGAGGAGACAGCCUGGCCGGAGCCGACGAGGGGAGGGCGGGCACAGCCAGAGGGGACCUGCGGUCACAUCUGCCAGGAGCUCCGAGGAGGAGAUAACAAGGUUGAAGGACAUCAUCGCCAUCAUGCAGCAGAAGGAGGAGCAGGCCGGAGGAGGAGGAGGAGGAGGAGGAGGAGCAGUGAAGGAAGGAGAGGUGGAUGAGGAGGAAGAGGUGCGAGACAGAGGAAGAGGGAGGGACAGAGGUGGAGGAGACGGAGGGAGGAGGAGUGGGAGAGGGAGGAGGGCGGUGUCAGAGGGGCGUGACGGAGGCGAGGAGCCGGGGAGGCUGAGGUGGAGGGUCAGCCAGCUGGAGAAGGAGAAACUGGAGCUGACGUCUCGUCACAACCAGGAGCUGUGCAGGCUGCAGGCGGAGCUGACCCGGCUCAGGUCGUCUGUGGAGCGAGGUGAAGCUCAGAGGGUGGAGCUCCAGUAUCAGCUGACCGUGAGCCAGAGAGACGCCGACCGAGCGGCCGAGCUCAGCAGAGACAAACGCACCCUCACAGAGCGAACAGCUGAGCUGCAGCAGACUGUGCAGGAGCUGCAGAAAGCUCUGGACAUCACCCGGCAGGCCAGGGACCAGGACCAGCAUGCUCUGCAGCAGGAGGUGGAGGAGAGAGACAAACUGAUUCAGAGUUUCAGCUGCGAAAGCCAAAGACUGCACCGAGUCCUGCAGGAUCAGGAGGAGGCUCUGGAGGAGUCAGAGAGGAGGAUGGCGGAGGUGCAGAAGGAGAGGGAGAAGGAGGCGGAGGUGAACAGACGACAGGCCGACGAGCUGAAGUACCUGAUGGAGAGAGAGGAGAGGAGCAGGAGGGAGAGGGAGGCGUCGGAUCAGAGGGUGAGGUCUCUGGAGUCGAGCAUCGAGGCGGAGCGAGCCGCUCACCUGGAGUCCAAGUUCAACUCCGAGAUCGUCCAGCUGCGGGUGCGGGACCUGGAGGCGGCGGUGGCGGCGGAGCGGUCCGGCCACCAGGAGGCGCAGCAGAGUCUGGAGCUGCUCAGAGCCCAGUUCAGGGAGGUGGAGAGAGCUUACAGCCUGGAGAGAGAGAGGAGCGACGGCACUGAGCGCGCUCUGCAGCGGCUGCAGGCAGAGUACGAGCAGUGUAAGUCUGACCUGAACGUUGCUCUGGAGACUGAGAGGAAGACGACCUCUGACCUCUCUGAGAGGCUGGAGGAAGAAAAGAAACGACACGCCGACACACACUCACAGCUGGAGCGGGCGGCUCAGGCUCAGUGUGAUACUGAAGAAGCUCAUGUGACCUGUUUGAAAAGCAUCAGAGAAACGCUCCAACAACACUCCACAAACACUGCAGGCUGUAGUCCUGCUGCAGAGCAUGAUGGGAAACAGAGUCCCUCAGCUGAGGUCCUGCAGCUGCUGAAGACGACGCUCAGCAGCUGCAGACACCGAGUGGAGGAGACGGAGCAGCAGAUCCAGGAUCUGCUUCGUGCGUCAGAGACGCUGCAGGAGGAGAACCAGACUCUCCGACAGCUGAGCUCCGAUCAGAGCAGACAGAUGGAGGAGUCUCGGCAGGUGGCGGUCAGACUGGAGGAGGAGCUGAGUCGCCUUCGGCAGGAGAGCUCUGAUUGGUCGGCGCAGGGGAAGGAGAGGGAGGCGGAGCUUCAGAAGAUAACUGACGACUUCCAGAGAGAGUCCGAGGCUCAUCUGUCCGUCCUCCACUGUCUGUACCAGCGUCUUCUGGCCGGCUGCGUCCUCCUCGCUCAGCCCCACAGCAUCCUGGGUAACUUCACCCGGGAGGAGCUGUGUGAUGUCAUCAACGAGCAGGUCGACCAGCUGACCUCUGACCUCCAGAAGGCCAACGAGAAGAUCACCCACCUGCAGAGUGUGUGCGUGAAGAAGAGCGUGUGUGUGCGCGAGCUGCAGCGCAGCCAGGAGUGUGUGUUGUCUCGUCUGGAGGAGAGCGUGAGGAGGAGGGAGGAGGCCUGGAGCAGCCAACACACACACACUGUGACGCAGCUGCACAACCAGCUGCAGGUGAGUCGCUCUCAGUGCGACUCUCUCCGUGAUCGCGUCUCCUCCCUGGAGCUCCGCUGCUCCUCCCUGACCUCCGACCUCUCCCGGCUCCAGGGCCUCCUCUCCCGAAGCCGCAGGGAGUCGUCGUCCUCCCUGUCGGCCUGCGCGCUGCUGGCCGGGGCGCUGGACCACGCCCACCUCCGCCUGCGGACGCUGUGCGAGCAGAAAGCCCUCCUGUCCAGACGCCUGGCAGAGAGGGAGGCGCUGGAGGAGGAGGUGAGGAGGCUGGCCGACGCUCUGGGAGGGGAGGAGGAGGAGGAGGAGAGAAGGAGGAGCAGGGCGGUGAGGAGGUGGAGGAGGUGUGUGGGGGUGGUGCUGGCAGUGAGGAGGUGGCGUGCGCUGGCUAAAAACACAACCGUGUUGUUUUGGGUGGAGAGAGGAGGCGGAGGUUUGGCUGUGAGCGUCUGUGGAGAGUCGGCUACGGCAACACAGAAGGGUCAAGACUCAAGAGCAGAUGAAGACGACGGUGAAGGCGUCUGUUCUCGGUGGCUUUGCUCUAAAAGUCUCUCCUCCACCAUAAUGUCCUCCAUGGCCGACCUGCAGGGGGCGCUAACACACACUGGCUCCUCCCCUUCAGACGUGAAGUCAGCAGCUCGUUCCGCUUUGUCCCGCCUCCUCGAUCACCUUCUCCACCAAUCAGACGCGGCGUCCAGCAGAGUGGACGAGGACUCGCUGCACAGGCCGACGCCUCCACAGCCCAACACGAAGGCCCUGGUGUCCACCUGCAGCAGCACUUCCUGCUCUUCAGCCAACGCUGCACUCGGCCGAGGUGGAGAGGCGGAGCCUGAGGGUGGAGGUGGCCAGUCUGAGGAGAGGACUGCGACAGGAGAGGGAGGACACCUGCAGGACCGGUGA